AUCGGCCAGAGGAGAGGAAAGGAAAUCUCCAAGAGGCAAUUUGACAAGCAAGUCGCUAACGUAGUGAGCGAAUUCAAGGCAACUGGUGCGCCUGGCUGCAUGUAAACAUUCCUCAUGCGCGAUUGUUUUGCAUCUUGUAGCUUCCGUUUACCACUAUGACAACGGAAGAAAGAUUCAACGCGGCUGUCGAGGUGAUCCGUGGUCUACCAAAGAACGGAUCAUUUCAGCCUUCACAUGAACUUCAGCUGAAGUUCUAUGCCUACUACAAGCAAGCAACACUAGGAUCCGUAGCAGAAUGCAAAGUACCCAAGCCGAGGUUCUGGGACAUCGUAGGCAAUGCAAAAUGGGAUGCUUGGAUGAAGCUUGGCGACAUGUCAAAACAAGAGGCUAUGGAGAAAUAUGUAGACGAACUUGUCAAGGUUGUUAAAAAGUGUCAAGAAAAUGCCACAGAGGAGCAGAUUGUCGAAGCAAUGUCAUACACUGACCACGUAGCCAAGUUUGUGGACCUUCUUGGCCCCUUGUUUGACUCCGUGCCACCUCAGAUGGCUGCUGUAUUGCCACAGGCCAAAGUUAAUGGUAAUCGGGAUUCUGAAGAUGACAUAGAGACAAUUGAAGCUCCAGAACAGAAGCAGCCAUUGUACUCUAAGGCAGACAAAAAACAGAGUGAUGAGAAACCAGAACGCAAGGCAGCAGGAGGAAUGAAUGGCCAUGGAUCUGAUUUCGAGAGCGACGAGGAUGAAUUUUCAGACACCUAUGACCACAUGGGAGAUGAGGAUGAGAGCGGAUCACCCGAGCCUCGUGAACGAGAGGCCUCUGGCAUGGUGGCCACUGCAGUGAACGAGGCCCUCAUGAACGGCUCAGACCGGGUCUUGGUGCAAGACAGCAAGAGUCAACUUUGGGCCUUCUACCCGGAUGGGUCCAAACAACCCAACGGGGAGCUGGCCUUUGUGCGGGGAGGCGGCGACGACAACCCUCACAGGGGUGCACCACUACCCAGAUCUGGGCCUGGGGCUGGACGCCUGCCCCGAUCGCAUCGUCGUAGAGAAGCAGAUGGGGGAGCCGAAGGGCCUGCGUGGCCUUCACGGUCAGCUGGGCGACUGCCUGGUGCGACAGGUGGCAUGGGCGGUGGUGGUGGCAGUGGUGGCCGGCCCCAGCUCGCCCUGGAAGUGAGUGAGCAGCUCGCAGUGGCCGUGCUACGGCUGCAACAAACCAUGGACGAGGUGGUGGCGCGCCUCGAGGUACUCGAGACUUUACUGCAGCAUGCCAAGGCACCACAAAGCCAGCGCUGGUGGCUCUUUGGAGGUGUUGCACCACACGUCCUGGUGCUCUUGUUUGCCUGGCCUGUGGUUUUUCAGCUUGCCUUCUACAUCUUCAGCCAUCGCAGGCGCAGACAUCUUAGAUGAAUGCUGUACUUGAAGCCCAAACGGAUGCGACACUCAUGAACAAAAGAGAUUGGCAUUCUUUCACACGAAAGGCCGACUCUUUAAUUAAUGUUCCAUAUUCUGGUGCAGUUUCCGUGCACACUGGUUAUAUAGCAGGUUUGUUCCUUUAUGUCUUGUGCUGUGAGAGUUUGCAUGGCCAUAGCCAGUGAAGCGUCUAAUGUACAGUUUGUAGCAGGAAUCAUUGUGUUGAGGUGUUGAUGCUGCUUCGUAAGGCAAGAGAGUGAUGAAACUGAAAAAACCUUAUUUUUUAAAUGUAUUCAUAUUGCUCUUGCAUCGCCCACAAGUAUGCGAAGGCACUACCGCUUUUUCCUGUUGUCAGCACAGCGUCAAUCUUGCAGUUUGUAGUCGUUAAGAGAGGUGUCGAAGCAGCAUCAUUUAAUGUGUCCACUGCAAUUGAUUGUGCUUUUCAACUCAAAACAAUGGUGUUUCUUUUUUUUUUCUUUUUUUUUUUCUUUAAUGGCUGCAAAUUGCCUGGGAAGAAUUCGGACAUACUGUUGGCUGAUAUAGCAUCUGAAACAUUAGCGCAUGGAAGUGGUUAAGUCAUGUACAAGCUCCACAGGACUGUUUAUUUUAGAUGCUUGCACAUAUUUUAGAGACUGUUGUUACAAAAAAAAAUUGUUAUUAUGGCAUUAAUAAUAACUCAAAAAGCCACAAAAUCCAGAAGCAACAAAACAUAACUUUAGUUGCUUUUACGUGCUGUCUUAAUUAAUGCAUCACCCUUGGUUCUAUGAGUAUGUGCAAUAUGUAAAUGUCUUGUCUCUAUGCUGUAAACAUGAAGUUUUUGUACACACUUUAUUUUCUUGUCAUUAUAAGCAGGCAUUGGAAAAUGUAAUUUUGUUGUAAUUGAAGAAAGUUAUUGUUCUUUGUGUUUCCUCUACUGGUCUGUGCAAAGUGCUUGCUGAGAAGUACAUAGUACAGAAUCUUACUUCAAAGGGAUACCAAAGCCAAACAUUAAGUCAAGCUAUAUUGGUAGAUUACCGUUUGAGCAUAAUGUGUGUAUCAUGGCCAGUAACACGACUUUCUCAAAGGAGAAAAAUGACAUGAACAUGAAAGAGGAGUGGCACCACCAUUUUGCAAAUGCGGAAUAAUUAGGCUCCCACUGAUGUGCCUUGUCCUGGCCACAAUUUGUAAAGGGUAGUCAGCAAUUGGGGGAAAAAAAAAAAUGAUUGACCCAUCGGAUUUAACAUCUCCCACAGCAACUCUAAGGCUAUAAGAGACGUACAUUCGAGGGCUCCGAAUUAAUUUCGAAUACCUGGGGCUCAUUAAUGUGCACCUAAAUCUUAAGUACACGAGUGUUCUUGUGUUUCACUCCAAUCAAAAUGCCAGCAUAGUAGCCAGGAAUCGGACCCUUGACCUCGUGAUAAGCUGCAGAAUGCGAUAGCCACUGGGCUGAGCCACCACGGGAAGUGGUGAUAUAAAUCAAACUGCAUUACACUUGAGAAACAAAAUGCAGCUUGUGCCGCUUCUUUUUCGAUUAAAAAUAAAGAAAUUUCCUAAAGGCUCUCUGAUGCGACUUGUAAUGCUUCGCCUUCUAAUGCCAAGAGCAGUGGAGCAUGGUAACUAAGACAAUUGCUGGAGCACAAGAUUCUUGCACUGUGAUGAUGUGUUUAUAUGCAUUGCUCCAUUCAUGGUAAAAUUUAAUUAAAGUGUCUUCAUUUGUUAUUUAAUUCGCUACUGCAGUAAGUCAUGUAAUCUAUUACUCUAGCUAGACUCAUUAUUUGCUUUUGUGUCCCUUAAAAGAAUUUAAAUUGCAUCCGUUAAGGCUUGCAUGUCUUGCUGAACACGAGUGAGAACUAUUGCAGGCUGCUUAAGAUAGAGAAAUCAGGGUUGGAAUCGUGCGCCAAUUGUGUCAUUUUGAUACUCAAGCAAAUUGCUGCACCAAAUUGUGCUGAAAGUGUAAAAAUGACUGAAAACAGCACGCUGCGCCAGAACAAUUUUUGGCAGCUUGGGCUUUGGCAGGCAUCAGCGCAAGAUCACUGGCACGGUGCAGGGCGAUAUGUCAUUUGUCUUGGAGCGUGUGUAAAAGUAACUUUCUCAUUCUGGCCGGCAGUGGGAACGAACAGCUGCAAUCAGUUAAGCUCCCUGAAUAAAACUAAAGCUAGCAACAUCCUUUUAUCUUGCCACCUGAGCCAGCGAGCGAGGGCAGGCUAGCAGGUCUGGGGCUUAUCCGCACCAGUCACAUGGUUGUGCUGGCGCCAUUCCACGAAAACAUGCCCGAGUGAUCAGUGCGGUGCUGGCCGUGCCUUUUGUUUUCCUGGCUUCUUGUUUUGAUUCGCGCCGGCACCUCAACAGUUGCCAGGGCUGGGCAAAGAUACUUUGCACUUGUAUCAUGAUACGAUAAAAGAUAGUACCGCAAAUAUUGUAUCUGAUACGAUACUUUCCAUUUGCUUGCUUGGAAAUCCAACCUUGUUUCGUUUGAAUGAAAUGUCUGUUAGUAUUUAGCUGCUUAACAUGAAAGCUCUUUAUACACUGCGCUGCCAGUGGUUUUAACAGCGAAGCUGUUUAAGCAAGCCGUAAUUUGUAGUUCGUUUCAAGAAACUAUCAUCAGCAAUGAAGAAAGAAAUAAAAGGAAAUAAACUUUCUUGCUGAGGUGGGAUUCGAACCCGCGUACCCACGGUCCCACGGCGAGCUUCGUAACCACUAAGACUAUACAGCCACGCUUGCAGAACAUGCAUUUAUGCGAACCAUAUGAUUGUGUUCGAGCAUCGUCUUCGUCCACAGCUGGCGCGUUCGCAUGCGCCUGUGCCAAUGCUCUGCGAGGUGAAGAGCAGGUUUUGUGCACUAUGCUCGGGAGAGAGAUAAAGAAAAUGAGAGUGAGAGAGAGUCGCAUUCAUGGAGCGGGUCUCCUGGAACGCGUUGUCGGCAUUGCAACGCGGUGUCGGCAUUGGAACAUGGUGUCGGUGUUGCGAGCUGUGCUAAGCCACGCGCUGUGACGGCCGUAAGUCUGAGACGCGCGAAAAGACAUUAUCAUCAUCAUGAGUAAUAAGAUUAAAAGUAUGCGCACACUUACGGAAAAUGCUGGGCUGCGAUUGCCCAGCUUCGCUGGUUCAAGCCUUGCGCUGCCGAGUGCAAGGUUAAGCAUUUUUUUUUGCUUGUGACUUUUGUAAUUGAUGAGAGUCGCUGCUCUGUUUCCGACCAGCUAUAUAUGCUCUGCUUGCUGACCAGUUCCGAUGGCAGCAUCUUGUAUCUUAAGAUACAUUACCUUAUUUCAUGUAUCGGAAAUACAGAUACUGAUACAUGUCUUGCCAGAUGUAUCAUGAUACAGAUACAAAAUACCCAAAGAUACACGUAUCUUCGAUACUGCCCAGCACUGGCAGUUGCUCUUGAUUGUAGUGCGCAGCCCCAUCAUCGCGAAUCCCAAUACCGCGUCGAUUGCAUAGCUGCGCAGCGUGAUCGGCAUGAUCAAAAAGUGCAAAUUGAGAGGGUGCUCCAAAAUUAGAAUUUGUCUGCUCCGAAAAUUGCUACGAAAUUACUUAUGGCAUUCUUGUGCAUUCCCACUCCUGAGAAACGUAUCAGAUUUUUUUAUCCACUGUGUAUAGCUUCUUUUUGUUUUAAAUGAUAGCUACUUAUGUUGAAAAGUGUCACUUGGUAGCUGCACGAGCAUUGUUAUGACGGCGUUAAAAAGCUUCUCUUUUAUGUGAUGCUACAGCCAAUUCCGUCCGUAAGUGCAGCCGUAGCAUAACUGCUUCCGAAUACUUUCAAAAUUUUGUUUGAAGGUGGUUACUUCAUUCCAAAUCAAAAGUGGUCAAAUAAUGGCCUAUUCACUGUAGCUUUGCGUAGCGUAAACUGUAGUAUGGGACCAGGUACCAGCGAUGUGAAAGAACAGUUGAUGGCAUUAUCAGCUGGACUCGGGCAACCACGUUUGAGGUGGUCACCCUCGGCUGAACUUCUUUAAGCCUAGAAUUUCACGACAAAGCUUAGGAUGGGGUAGUUUCGAGGUUAAGCACUUUAUCUCAACACUUGUGUCAGAUUUUGAUGCAAGUGGCUGAAGAAAAGGCAUGUAUGAUAUGGUACCACAGUAUUGACAAGGCAAUUAAAUUUAAGCAUAAAUGGGGGGAUGUGACAAUCUCAGUAGUGACUAACUAUCUCUCUCAUCUUCAUUGUGAUGCCUUAUAAUGGAGCAGCAUAUUGUGUAGCAACCUAUCGAGCCUUGUGGAGUAACGAAGUAACAUUGCAAAUAACGGAGUAAAAUUGCUUAGCAAUGUAGAAAGCUGUGAGGCAAGCAGCUUCAUUGACUACUGAUGCCAGUGCUGUUGCUUCUGUGAAAAUGGUAAACUUAGUGUAGACUACAAUAUUCUAGGCUGCCCUGGCAUUUGUAAAGUUGUGGGGUUAUACUAUUCAGCAGCAUGCUUCCAGUGUUCAUAAUGUUGCAGCUUGUACUGGGUGCAGAAAUGGAAUGUCUCACGUUUCCUUUUCCCAUUACCCAACACAUUCCAACGUAUUUUCUAUCCUGUUAGCACCUUGCCAAGCUGUCUUGCCAAGCUGUCUUGCAAGCACAGGAUGAAGAGUCUUUGUGUGGCACUGAUAAGCCUGAGAGAUUGAGUUCCUUGAGCAUAAAAUGACCAUGUUUUCUCAACGUCUCUCAUUCAGGCGGUGCUGUACAAGCACAUUAUUGGCAGUGUUGCUGAAUGUUGCGAAAGCUUGGAGAAUGGCUUAUGCAUGGCUUUCGAUUUGUAGAAAUGCAGCAGCUGCAAGGCUGCAAUUUGCGUAAAGGGACGCUGAAGGCAAAAGGUAAAUAAAGUUGAAAUGAGAGUACUGUUCUAAAAUGACAAGUAUGCCAUUGUUGCCAAGAGCACAGGUUUUGUAGACAAGUAAAUAAUGGGAACGUGAGAUACUGCUUACGCUGCCAACUUUAGAAAUGUGGAAAACAAGCUGUUGCUGCUGCUGUAACUUGAUCUGGCAGCUGUUUCUACAAAGUGUUCCAUGAUAAGAAGCAAGUUGCAUUGCACCUGACAAUGAAAGAAAAUGCGCCUUAGCUGCUCUUAUUGGAUCUUCACUUGGGAAAAAAAAAAUGUUACUGCUCCAAAACCAGUUUGUUAGCGCUAUUCUGUCACCUGGCACAGAAGAGCAGCAGGGUUACUUGUGUGUAGCAACAAUUUAGAGGCCAAGAAUGAUGUGCAUUCACUUUCAAUCAUGGCUUAUUAAACCUGAGGAAAUUUGAGCUAUUUUCUCUUGAUGCGAAGAAGUUAUUUGCUGCGCAAAUUUCUGUGGUACAGCCCAUGCCCAUUGCUAUGGAUCCGCAUGUACUUUUGGGUAUACCAAACCAUUCUUGUCACUUUGUUUGGACAACUUAUAAUAAUGCAAGGAAUUCCAAAUGCAAAAUGAUGCAAUUUUCUUUUGCACGGCUCUGCACUACCUCUGGGAUCGGCCCACGCAAGAGGCCACCUUUCUGUCAAAAAAAGCUCACCUUCAUACAUAGCGUUCGCAGCCAGCGUUUUCCGGUGAACAUUACGGUUGCAUAAACUGCAGUUGCCAGGAAGUGUGUGAAGCAGUCAAGGAUCUUUGAAUGCUAUCGUGUUCCACUCUUAAAGGCAAAGCUCAAGCGUCCUCCAAUUUUUUCUUUAGAAAUAAACACAUAGUGGCAAGACUCCCGCAACUGCAUGCCGUGCGACGCUCUUCCACUUAACGAAGGGUUUCUGGGACGACCAUGCAAGUGGCUCCCCGCUGCCCACUACUGUCGGCUCGGUGUAGAGCAAGUGCUGCUAGGCCUAACCCACUUUGCUUCGAAGCCGUAGCAUAUAGCGCUUAAAAAAAAACAAAAAAAACAUCAACUAUUGCAAAAUGCAUCGUUCUGGGAAUGCUUCAAUUUCAUAUUGCAGCAAUUUGCACACAUAAAAGAAGAUAUGCUGCUCUUAACAGCAUCCACACUGCUAAGUCAGCUGAACGUGGUGGCCGAGUUGCACUUGCCUUGUAUUGCAGCUCGAAUUCAUGCUACAUGUUUGACAGUGGUCGUCGCUCAUCAGAGAUGAAAAUUAAGACCAAUUUAUUCUACUAACCUUUAUUUUGUCUGAUAAACAAGCUGUAACUGGUGUUUGUGUCAUCAGCAGCAGCAAACGCGCUCGAGCCGAGUGGCCGGCACGUGCGGGGAGCUGGCCACAACGGCAAAAAUAUUGCUUGAACAGAUUCUUUUUCCUUCUUUUGCCAACAAGAAAAUCUUGCCAUUGUACCCAGUAGAGAUGCUCUUGUGUGGGGAAACUGCGCUAUCUUGCCAGCCAGCAUCAGGAAAACUAUGGACAUGAAGGCACUGUGCUGCUGGUGUGGUUGUAUAUCCUGCCACAGCCUGAACAUGAGGCUAGCAGUAUGUGUAAAUAAAUAAAUCAUACAGCAUAAAUCUGCUUAUUUAUUUAAGAUCGCCCCUGGGUUCCAAUGAUCAGACGCUAGACAACAGUAUAUGCGAAGUUCCACUAUUUCACAACAUACUGCGGCCCUAAUUUUGGAUAAAAUGGACUUCGAAUAUAACGGACCUUAUGCUGGAUUAUUAUGGUCUGUUUUAACGACCGUUGACUGUAUAAUCAUUUCAACUAACUUAUAUUUUUUAUCUUCAGUGUCCCCCAUGUAGUACAAGGUGGUGCAUUCCACACAGAUGUUUGCAGCAUUUUUUGGUACUUUGUCAAAAGGAAAAAGAAAAGCAAAAAAAAGUGUACAUUUCAAAAGUAUGUAUUGAAAUGUUGUGUUAGAGCACUAUAAAAAAAAAAAAAAGAAAAGAACAAAUGGGUCCUGGUGCACUGCUGAAAAUGCCUGCUUUGCACAGGCACUAAAAAGAAAUUGUGCUCAAUGAUAAAUGAUAGCAGAUUGGGAAUUAUAGGUCUUGCUGUAUUUGAGGGGCAAGAUACGGCAUUUCAGUCUCCGUACUUUCUGAGCAACCUCUAAACAGCAACAUUUUAAAAAUGUGUAUACUAUGCUCUUUGAUUCAGUUGCAGUCUUUUUGGAUGGUGUUUAGACAUUCUUCUGUUAAUCGUACAGAGGUUUAUGUGUGUAAUGCUCUACGUGCUGUUUUAAUAAACCAUGUUUUUACAUGA